ACACCAGUGAUUUUCUGCAAGGUUCAAUGCAAUGAAUGAAAGAAGAGCGCUUUUUUGACCUCUGUCGGUGUCUUCGUUAUUUGUGUGACAUAGUUUUUGUCAGGCCUCUGGAUUGCAUUAUGAUAUUAUGGAUGACAGUGGGAAUAAUCCACAAAGAAAACAGGGUACAAGGGUUUUUAAGAAAAGCAGUCCAAACGGAAAAAUUACAACAUACUUGUGUAAGAGAGACUUUAUAGACAGUCUAGCACACGUCGAUCCUAUUGAGGGUGUUGUCCUGGUUGACCCAGAAUAUGUCAAAGGACGGAAGGUCUAUACUCAUGUAUUAUCAGCAUUUCGUUAUGGUCGAGAGGAUCUUGAUGUUCUUGGGCUAACGUUUCGGAAAGACCUAUAUCUUUCUUCGGCUCAAGUUUACCCUCCAGUUUAUGCCUCUGAAAAUGGUGAAUCUGGAAAAGUUCUUUUAAAUCCUGCAAGUACAACCGCAUGUGGAGCUCCACGGUCUUCUUCAAACAAUAAUUCUGAUUUGGAAGGUGGUGAAGAGUCAGGUGGUGCCUCACAAUCUGGUACUCUUCCAUUAACCAGACUACAGGAACGUUUAAUCAAAAAGUUAGGUUCCAACGCAUUUCCAUUCUAUUUUAAACUUCCUCCAGAUGCACCGGCUUCAGUAACACUUCAACCAGGACCAAAUGAAAAUGGCAAGCCAUGUGGGGUAGAUUAUGAACUACGGACAUAUGUAGCUGACAAUUCUGAUGAAAAAUUACAAAAACGGAAUGCUGUUCGACUAGCUAUUCGUAAAUUGACUUAUGCCCCCGAAGAACCUGCUCCACAACCAUCUGCAGUUGUUUUAAAAGAAUUUAUCAUGAGUCCUGGCACUCUACGAUUGGAGGUUUCUUUAAAUAAAGAAAAAUAUUAUCAUGGAGAGUCGAUUGAAAUCAACGUGUUGGUAGAUAAUAAUUCAAAUAAAACUGUUAAAAAGAUUAAACUUUCAGUUCGUCAGUAUACUCAAUUAUGCUUGCAUAAUAAUAAUCGUUAUAGUUGUGUUGUCGAUGAAUUGGAAACUGAUGAAUCCUUUCCAAUUCUACCAAGUCAAACUGGUUGGUGUAAAGUGUAUAAACUGCGUCCAUUAUUAGCUAAUAAUCGGCAUAAACGUGGUUUAGCACUGGAUGGUAAAUUAAAGCAUGAAGAUACUAAUUUAGCUUCAUCAACAAUUUUAUGCAAUCCAAAUCAUAAAGAAAAUCUUGGCAUGACUGUUCAAUAUCGUGUAAAAGUUCGACUGGUUCUGGGAUUUGUUUCAAGUGAUGUCAGCGUUGAACUACCGUUUACACUUACUCAUCCAAAACCUGAUCCAGAAACUGAUGGAGGUCUGUCUAAGAUUGCUGAUGUUGAUGAAGAUGCAGCGCAUACUUCACCAUCAUUAUCAUCUGAAUCAAAUAAUCCAUUAAAGUGUGGGACAAAUGAAAUGAAGGCAUCUCAUCAACAGUCAAGUAAACAAGCUUCAUCUAGUCAAAAUGUAAAUAUUAUUGAUGAUUUAAUUAAAUUAGACGAUGGAACAAAUGAUAAAUCAAGUUAUCAGACAAAUGGAAAAGGUCAUACAAUCGGUGAUGACGAUGAUGAUGAUUUAAUCUUUGAAGAUUUUGCACGUUUACGUCUGAAAACCUACGAAGCAGAUAAACCAAGUGACCAAGUGGAUCCAUCAACUGGGGGAGUAACUAUGACUUCCGAUUCAUAA